AUGCACGAGGAAUUGGACGCAGUCAUAGGACGUUGCCGUAUACCGAACUGGAAAGACGCAAAAAGCUUGCCAUACCUUCAAGCUACCUUAUGUGAAGUCGGAAGAGUAUCAGGUAUGACGACGCUCGUCGGGACAAACGCUAUUCGUGACACAACCAUCGCUGGAUACCAUAUUCCAAAAGGAACAUUUGUCGGCCUGAACAUUCCAAAGGUGCACGAGGAUGAACGAGAUUGGGCAGAACCCGAGAAAUUUAAACCUGAAAGAUUUCUGGAUGAGGAUGGCAAGUUCGUCGGCUGGAAUAAACUACAUGGAUUCAUACCGUUUGGCAUUGGUCGAAGAGAAUGCCCUGGUCAAUCAUUGGCGAGGGUGAUGAUGUUUUCUUUUUCUUCAAUAUUAUUACAUCAUUACAAGUUUGAAUUGCCUGAAGGAGCAGAGAUGCCAAGUACUAAAGUGUCCACUCCGCGAAUACUCACUCGGCCGGAUGAUUUUCUGGUUGUUGCAAAGCCGAGGUUGUUGCAAAGCCGAGACUGA